AUGGGAGCUGGACACACAGGAAGGGAAGAGUCGAGGUGGCCCCACCAUGUAUUAGGCAGAUACUACUGAAGUUAUAUCAUGAGGUGAUGCAUCAGGGAAGGCAAAGCAUGAUCACAACCCUCCAGCAGGUCUGGUGGUAGCCAGGGAUGGGCGAGGAUGUUGAGAAAUUCCGCCGCCAUUGUAUCAUUUGUGUCCAGCAUAACCAUGGUAAGGGCAGAAAGCUACAACUGGCAGAUCAGCCUCAGCCGAGGGGACUCUGGGAAAACAUCCAGAUAGACUUCACGGGGCCCCUGACAAAAAGCAGGGGGAGAAGCUACUGUCUAGUAAUUAUGGAUCACUUCACCCGGUGGGUAGAGGCUUUCCCAACAAGGGACUGCACCGCCCGCACCGCUGUAUGGAUCCUAGUUCAGGAAAUCCUCCCAAGGUGGGGAACCCCAGUCCAGGUGGAUUCAGAUCAGGGAGCACAUUUCACGGGGAAAGUGAUGAAGGAAAUGUGCUGACUGCUAGGGAUUCGACAGCGGUUCCACGUACCCUACAACCCCCAGAGUUCAGGGAUGGUAGAAAGGAUAAACCAAACAAUCAAGAAUGCGUUAGCCAAAGCUACAGCUGAGACAGGAAAGACAUGGGUUGAUGUAUUACCAGGAAUCCUGAUGAGACUGUGUGCAACCCCGAACUGCACGUUGGGUCUCAGCCCCUACGAAUUAUUGAUGGGGCAAGCAAUGCGACUCCCUUGUGGGGUAAUGACGGGUUGCUGAGAGCCUGGGGCUUACAGGGAUAGAAUGACCCAACAUGUGAAAGACCUUUGUAACCAACUUAAAGUGUUAAAGGACUGAGCGAAACAACAGCAGCGAAUCGCUGAUCAGAGAGAGCCAGAGGGAAAGGAGAUAGUCCUUCUACAGCCCUGCGGCCAAGUUAUGGUGAGGGUGCUGCCGGAAUGGCCGGGGUUUGCCCCCAGAUGGAUAGGACCACAGACGGUACUCCUAACCAAUGAUACUUGUGUCUGUGUGCAAACUCGGUGAGGCAGCCCCUGGAAACACUGGACUCAGGUUAAAGCAUACAACUCACCUUCUUGUUGCUCCCACAGACAGAGUGGGGGACCAAGUGUACCCAGUAACCAUGUAAUUACAGAGAACCUAAGAGAGGAACACCAGCCGGCCAUGCCAGACCAGACCACAGCUGAUGAAAACAUAUCCGGAGGAAAUGCAAAGGCAGAAAACGCCGAGAUCGUGGCAGAAGACACUAAGAGCUUGUUGGAAAACCAUGAAUAGCCUGCUAAAGUGUGAUGAUGAUGGUACUCUGUAUUGAAGGCUGGUUGCUGAAGGUAGAUAAUUAGUUUAAUAGCAUAGAAUAGGAAAAAAAUUGGAAAAUAGACGGGGAGGCAUCCUUAAGUUAAAGCAGAGGCAGCAAGUUCCACAACUUAGAUGGCAUUUAAGACUGCACACGGCAUCUGAAGGCAGCCACCCUCAGUCUGAAUGAGGAGCUGGGCCCUUUCAGCAGUUGGGCCAGUGAUUGACCGGACAGUUCGGAAGGGGGUGCCACCGGGGAGAGGUCCUUGCAGACAUUUACAUAGAGGCCACCCCAACCCAUUCCCAUAGAUCUAUGAGAGGGCCUAUCGGUGCUCCUGGAAAGAGAGUUUUAGUGACCAGAGAAUGAAGGGCUGAAGACCAAGCAAUGUGAUUGCAGUCAGCCUGCAGGGAAAGAGCCGACAGGCACACGAAAGAAGCCGCAUUUCUAAAGACUUGUUCAAAUUUCUGGAACAGCCUCUCUGUUUAACAUUUGGUAGAUAGUGAUUAGGGAAUGCUAGGGUAGAUAUCGAGGCACACAAAAUUGGAGAAUUUCGAGGCAGGGCAUUUUUUUGCUGCCCUAUUUGAGUAGAUCCUCUUAGGUCGGCCUUUCCUGGUACAAAUUUAUUUUUGUCCAGGAGGGCCAAGAGGAGGGACUGUCAGAGUGAUUUUUGGGUUUAGGUCAUUUACAUUUAGCAAAUGGCUUUGGCCGCCAGUCUUCUGUUCCCUGACUGUCUACUGUGGAUUUGGUUUGUAGCAAUGCAUUUCCUAAAAGCUGUGAAUCCCAGUCCAUUUGUAACAGUGCAUUUCCUAAAAGCUGUGAAUACCAGUUCAGAUGCUGCUGGCGCCUGGGAUGGAUGUGAACCAGAUGGUGUGAAGUUUGCAUGUUGUUUUGAAGACAGUAUUAUCUAUACUUUGUAAAUAUGGAUUGCCCUUUGUGUUUAGCAAAUAAAUAUCGAGCCCCACACUGAGCCAGCAGACCUUUCCACUGAAAGCGUCUCCGUAUGAUGCCGGCUAUACCUUUUUUUUGUCGAAUAAAGAAGCUGCUUUGUAUCUACUAGUAACUCUCUCUCCGGUGAUUUCAUUCACGCAACAACAAUUGCAACCCAAAUAUUGGGUUAAGCAUUAGAACAAAAGUGUUAAUAUUUAAAAUCUGAAAUUAUGGUAUAACAAUGGCGACCUCUCUUUCAGGCAAAGAAACUUAAGUAUUUUAUUAAAUUUCUUGGCUGUGGCAUUUAAUCAGCUAUAUACUGAUGAUUGUCUCUCGCAAAUCUGAAACAAUUAAGAUACUGUUCAACGAAUGAGAGAGGAACCAGAGGACAUGCUAAGCUAAUUCACAAGAAGUUGAGUUGGCUCAUUAUCGUCUGAGGAUCAUGAUUUCGACCCUACAGCAGAAAUGCUAGUGCAUGAUUACGAUGAUGAGCGAACACUUGAAGAAGAGGAAAUGUUAGAGGGAGGGAAGAAUUUCACAUCAGAAAUUGAAGAUUUGGAAAGGGAGAGCAACAUGCCACUCGAUGAUUUGCUGGUACUCUAUGGAUAUGAUCCUCCUGUUCCGGUGUUAGAAAAUGAAAAUCCAGGGAGUUCUCCAAGUGAACUUGCUGAUGAGUUACCUGACAUGACUCUUGAUAAGGAGGAGAUAGCAAAAGACUUACUUUCAGGUGAUGAUGAAGAAACGCAGUCUUCUGCUGAUGACUUGACUCCAUCUGUAACUUCUCAUGAAACAACUGAUUUAUUUCCCCGACAUUUAAGAUCAAGCACUGUCUUUGAUGGUGAUAAAGAAUCUGAAGAUGAAGAAGGACAGGAUGAUUGUGUUCCUUCUGAAGAUUUGAAAAAGGAAAUAAUGGUGGGUUCAGAGUACCAAGCUGAAAUUCCAUCAACGCUUUGUAAAUAUAAAGAUGGAGAUAAAGUCUAUGAAAAUGAGGACCAGUUACUCUGGACUCCCUAUUUGCUUCCUGAAAGUACAGUAAAGGAGUUCUUGCAUGAAGUAGCUAAGAGAUCUGCAGAUGAGAAAGGUGUUGGUAGUAUACCUGAAGAGACGCAUGUAAGGGACAAUGAACAGGCACUCUAUGAACUUCUAAAAUGUAACUACGUUGUUAAAGAAGCACUUGGAAAUUACCGUUCAAAUAUAAAGAUUGCACAAGAUGACCAGUCAGCUUGGACAGAAGAGGAAUGCAGAAACUUUGAACUUGCUCUUCGACUUUAUGGCAAAGAUUUUCACCUAAUACAAGCUAAUAAGGUCAAGAAUCGCUCUGUAGGGGAAUGUGUGGCUUUCUACUACAUGUGGAAAAAGUCUGAAAGAUACGACUAUUUUGCUCAGCAAACUAGAUUUGGGAAGAAGAGGUACAAUGUUCAUCCUGGAGUUACGGAUUACAUGGAUCGCCUUGUAGACGAGGCUGAGAUGGGAAUGUUAAGUCGAUCAAUACAUUCUCCAUCUAUUUGUUCUUCUGUCAGUAGACCUGAACCAAUUUCUGAUCAGCAUAGUCUAAUGAGCUCUGGACACGAGUUUUCUGCACUGACCAGCGUGAGUACACCUUGCAGCGCUGCCGAUGUGAACUGUUUGGAUUCAUAUAAUUUUCAUCCAGUGGAGAGUUUACACACCAAGGGACCAACUACCCAUGUGCCUGCUUUAAUAGACGAGUCACUUGGUUUGCCUACAAAUGGUGACACAGACUGUCUAAAUUUAUUUGAGACUGGAUUCUACCAUUCUGAUUUAAACCAGAUAAACAUGUGCAACAGUGAGUCUGAAAGACCGGCAAAGAGAUUGAAAAUGGGGAUUUCUGUUCAAGAAUCUUUUAUCAAUGACCUUUCUGUAAAUAACCUGGAUGUGGAUUUUGAAAAUCACACACAUCACAUCACUAGUGCCAAAAUGUCUGUUUCUGUUGCAGAUUUUAGCAGCUUGCCUAGUAGUGAAGCAAAUGGCUUCAUUAAUCCCUGUGCACUACACCAGCAUACGGCUCUCCAAUCAGAGUGACUCCAUUGAAACUUCUUCUGAAAUGGUGGUAUGCAGUAAUGUUGAGCUUGGUGGAUGAGCCAUCGAGAUUGUUCAGUCAUUCACUGGAAGUUUGAAUUUUUUUACUAUGACAUCAGUGAUGUCUUUUUACCUAUAGAACUUUAAUCUUGAUUUCUCAAGAGUUAAAUAGCCAUUUAUUUUCAGUCCCUAGUAACAUAGAAAUUUGAGAGAUUAUGUUCAUAUAGCAGAGUUGGGGACUUAAAAUUGAACUUUACGACACAGUCCUGAAUUCUCACGCUAUUGCAUCUCCUUUGUAGUUGAAGAACCAUUUCACCUCCUGACACCACCUUUGGGAAUCUGAAACAAUAGAAAUGGCUUCCAUGAAUGCACACUACUGUCACAGUAGUGGGUAUAGAGGAAUACUAAUGUUUACAGGUACCUGGCCUUGUCCCUGGCUAAUGUAGCAUUUUGGAAGUGAACUGUGCACAACCUGUGCAAAGACCUGCAUGAACAGAGCCUUCUCAUCCAUUCACUUAAAACAGAGCACUUCAGUUUAUGGUGCCAUGAGCGCAUCCUUUGGAAGAAAAUUGAUGGAUGAAAUACAAGUGGGAGAAAGCCUACAGACUUGCAAAUGUUGGGCAUGGCUGCCAUCUGUAAACGGGUUGGAACUACUGCCAGAUUUCUGUGCUGAGAAACUUUUCAAGCUUUUAUUGAUUAGAUUAAAUAUUGAAUUUUGUGAUAAUUGUAUAUUUGUUUUUUUAAAAGACUUUAAAGAUUGUAUUAUAGUGUAUCUCAAACUGCGCAGUGCAUUAUAUAUCUUAUGAGAUUUCCUGGGGCAGCUGAAAUCGUCUCGACACAACUUGGGACUUGCCACUUUUAAUCACAAUUCUGUUUGACACUUAAGCCAUCUUGCAGCAGUUCAUUAUGUUUUGUAUCCAUGCCCACAGUGUAAUACAGUGAAACCUUGAACCAAACGGAAGCUCUACUAUUUUGUAAUAUAUAUUCCAAAUUUUUAGUCUGUUGUAAACUUCGCAAUUUCUCUAAGUAAAAGUUUGCAAUAAAGCACUUGUUGAACUGAAACAAGAAAAUACUGAAUUUUAAAUUAUAGUAAUUAUUUGAUUAGGUGUACAGUACCUAGUAUCCAUUUUACACAGCAGGAAAUAAAAUGGUACUUUUAUCUGUAAAUUGUUGUUGAUCAUUAUCAAGUUCUGAUUAAGAAAUUUUGGAAUUCCCUACCUGGUUUAGUAUUAGAAGAUACUCGGAAUCCAGAAAGAUAAGUGUCCUUUAAGCCUAUUUAUAGUACAUUUAUUGUCACAUGUUUCAUUUUGUAGUUUUUGCAUUAGUGUUUAUUGCUUUGCUUCCUAGUUUCUAAAGACAUGUAGGUCAUUAAUAUUAAUGUAAUUCUUACUGUUGAGCAUCUGCUAAAAUUGUAGUUAAGCUCUGCUGAGUACCUAUUCUCACAUUAUUUUGUUUUUUUAAAUUACAAGAAUUUACUAUACCACAUUUGAGAAAAAUUUUACUGUUUUUCCAAGUGAUUUGAAAGUGUGACGAAGGUUAAUUAGCUGGGAUACACAACAUGAUGAACUGCUUUUGUACAAUGUAAAUAUUUACAUUCUGUCUGGAGAAUCUAUCUUCACCCUUGCCCCUAUAUUUGCACAAUCCCCUAAAACUUAGUGCAGAAAUUUUACACAAAUACUGCCAUUUUAAAUGCGCAAGAGUGAAUACUGUGGUUUGAGAGACUGAGUUGAUUUACUGUGUAGAUGAGUAUGACUGUAAAGUCAUACUAUGCUUUCAGUUUUUAAUACAGGAAUCUAGUAUGGUAGAUGAAGCUUUAGGUUCUGAGACAGUACAGAGUGGCAUAAAGGUACAAGACACAAGUAACGGGUAGCCUUGGCUCUUGCCGGUAUAGUGUGGAAUUCUGAUUCAUGUCAUCAGCUUAUAGCUUGUGUUUAUGUGCUGAUCUAUGCAUUUGUCUUCUGUGGGAUUUUUCUUUCUAAUGUUAACUAAACUCAGUCCUGUACUUGUGGAAAUGCUAUACAUAUCCCUUCAUUUAUAUAUUUGAGCGUGAUGACUGGAAUUGCAAAGGCUAGUCUGUAGUAAUGUUCACACAGAUUUAUGACUGAUCACUUGCAUCAGUUGCACUUUUUGAAAUUUUAAAACCAUUCCUAGUGCAUUAUAAAUACAGAAAUUAACUAUGCAUUCAGACUUUGUAAGGUUCCCUUGGCAAACAGUAGUGUUUUUUUUUAUUACAGGGUUUAAUUUAAAAGUUACUAUUACUGAUUUGCUUGUGAUUUUUAGAGAAAAAAUAAAAUCCUUAUUGGUAUGUAUUCUCUUGCCAGUUACAUUGAUUAACUUCUAACUGAGUAAUACAGUUUAUUUAAAAGCAUUUAGUCCAAAAUUUAAACUGUUUAACCUUUUUUGUUUGGGGCUAAUGUUAUUUACUUGUUACAAUGUUUAAAUAUUUUGAAAUGUGUUUGGCGUGUAGAAAAAAAUGUCCUUCAUCCUGCACGUUGAACAAAGAUCAUUGAAAUAUCUAUGAUACGCUACCAAAACUAAAACCAAAUUCUUAAUGGGAACUGAUAUUUUAGAAUUUUGUAAAUUUCCUUUUUUAUGUUCAUAUUAAACAGGGCAAUAAUUUGAGAGAAUGUAAUUAUGUAGAAUUUAUGCAUCUAGUAAACUACUAAGUUUAAGUUUAAAGUGUCAUGAAAUGAUGCUUGCUUCUUUCUAAAUGAGAAUCUUAUUUAACCACUGGGAUGUAGAAGAUUUGAUGUUUAUUGUCAAGCUUUGUUGACUGCUGGCCAAAGAUGAUUGUCUUUCCUUUCCAUUUUGAAAAGUCUGUUCAUAUACUAAUACAUUUAGAACUGUAACUGGUGCUGUGGUGAAUAUAGCAAUACUUCACCAAGAAAAGAGACCAUGUUUUCUCGCUAGUCUAAAUGAUUAGUUUCCUAAUAUUAACUGAUCCAGUUACUUGAAGGUUUUACUUGUUUGAUGGCUGAAGAAUAUCAAGGAUAGGUCAUUUAAAAUACUACAGUUUUUUUCUUCUUGGCUGAAGAUAACUAUCUGUAGUGAGAAAAUCUCCCAGUUGUUGAAUUUUAUGAUACUUUAUCCAAAGUCUGUAGUAUGAAUUAAAAUUACUUAUUGAAGGUAAAAUAGUGACAAGUUGAACUAACUGUAAUUGUAUACAGAAAUUUGAAAAGUUGAUACAUUGCAGAAGAGGGAGUUUGUACAAUGUUUGUGAAGAAUGAAAGCAAUGUGGUAUUGAUCAAUAUAGAUAUGCUACUUAAAUGCUUCUAGUAAAAUAAAAGCACUAGCAAUACUGUUCUGAAAAAUUGGUGCUACAGCUCCUCUUCAACUACUGUUGUAGUUAGUAAUAGAGCUGCCAGUGGGGAAAUGGGUUAUUUGUUGACAAUCAAGACAGCAUUCAGUUUUGAAGAUAUACAAGAAGAAAGCUCUAACAUUGUGUUUUGUUUUAAUAUUUGUAUAUAAAUACUGAAGGUUUUUGUUCAGCAUUAUUUUGUACUUCUGUUGUACCUUGAUGUGUGGUGUAUACCAUUUCCAGAAAUAAAA